CACAUGACUGCUAGAAAUAGUAAAGGAAAAUGUGUCUUCAUUUCUGAAAGGAAGAAAAGCUCAGGUACGGAAAAUGUAAAUUGUCAACCCGGACGUGUGUUCGAAAACGAAUUUGUGAGGAUUUGUUUUUUUUUGUUUGGAAGGAAACGUACGUGUCAUCGGUCACAAUCACCUGCACAAUGUGAUUUAACUUAUUUUAAACCUAAAUUGGUGUUAAGCGAACCAUCCUUUUACUUUGUUCCCCGUUUAUGCUUUUAUGCACUGCGUAGCACAGUGAUACUCAAGUUAAUGAUGGGGAAAUUUCGGGCGACAGCUGCUGUGGCUUUUGACUUGGACACUCUGGUGAUAUUAAUUUUGUCGCUCUCAUUGACUGUUGAACUGACAGCUGGUUUCAAAGAUGGAUUAUAUUCAACAGAUACUGACGAUGUGAUUCCUCUAAAUGAGAAAACAUUUCAGAGUGAAUUAGUCAACGGCAAACCAUCCAAAUUUUGGGUGGUGGAGUUUUAUAACAGUUGGUGUGGCCAUUGUAUACAUUUUGCCCCGUCAUGGAAGAAAGUAGCGACUGGUUUCAAAGAAUGGCAAGACAUUGUAGCCAUCGCUGCCAUAGACUGUUCCCAGGCUGUCAACCUAGAAACGUGUCGUCAGUUUGAUAUCAAUGCAUAUCCAUCUAUGAAGCUCUUUCCUCCCUCUGAAGUGGAAGACAGGAUGAAGAAAGUAGAGCCCUUUCGAACUCAGGAUCCAUUGGAAAUAAAAAAGCUUGUUUUACAGUUCAUGAUAAAAUAUACUCCUGCAUCAUGGCCGAGACUCAAACCGUUAAAAAAAAUAGAGGAUAUCUGGCAGGAAAAGCAGGCCUCACAUGAAUACACUGUGCUCAUCUUUGAGGAGCAAAACUCGAUACUUGGCAUGGAGGUUAUCCUAGACACGAGACACCACAACAAUGUGCUGGUGAGAUCUAUGCUGAAGGAAGACGUCACAAAGUUUGGGAUCAACAGCUUCCCAAGUCUGUACAGAGUCAAUCCAGACUCUACCUACACUCUGGUGGCCAUAGGUAAGAAUAUGGCUGAAAACGACCGGGUCUUCUUUACGAACCUGGUCAAGGCCAUGGCAAGAGGUCAGGAGGACAAGAUCAUGCCGAGGGUCAACAAGCAGAACAAGUUCAAGGUCGUUGAGCCAGGUGUCAAGCUGAAGUCAGAGGUGGCUGCGGGGAAUGUGGCGGUCACUGGGAAGCCAAAACUUACCAGUUCUGUGGUGAGCAUGCAAGACUUGGAGUCUGCCCUUCACUACAGCUUCAGGCAAGAGGUGGCCAUAUGCCGGGUGAUUGAUGGGGAAAAACUGGUGGCUCUUAAGGACUUUGUGCACACUCUUCUCAAGUAUUUCCCCGGCCGCCCACAAAUCCAAGGCUUUCUGAAAAAAACCUACGACAUGCUGAUCAGCUUGCCUUCUGAUGACCUGAGUGGAGAGGAAUGGAUGGACAAGAUUGAUCGACUUCAGGACUCGAACAACUACCUUCCAGAAGUGGUCAAGUGGGAGUCAUGUGUCGGGAGCCACCCCCGUUACCGUGGUUACCCAUGCAGCAUGUGGACACUGUUCCACACUCUGACUGUCGGCGACUACAAACAAAACAGUCAUGCCCGAGCUCGGGUUAAUGCCUCGGAAGUGCUUGUGAGCAUCCGAGGCUACAUGAAGUAUUUCUUCGGCUGUGAAGAAUGUUCCAAGAACUUUCUCAGCAUGGCGGAGACUGUGGAGGGGGACGUCCAGUCAAGCAGAGACUCGGUCCUCUGGUUGUGGAGCGCUCAUAACAAAGCCAACAAACGACUUCAUAACGACAUCUCAGAGGACCCUCAGCACCUCAAGAUACAGUUCCCUUCUCCUGCCUUGUGCCCCGCUUGUCACAAAUCGGUUGUGGCAGAUGAUGGGAAACCGACAUGGGAUGCAGAUGCUGUAUUAGAGUUCCUGACCAAGUUUUAUGGAGAGAGCAGUAUUGUGAUUCCAGAGGGCUUGAAUGAUGCAGAGUCGGGGAAAAGUUUGAAGGUGGAGGGAAGCGAGAAGGUUGCAGAUUUGUCCCAUCAGGAUCGGGAGCUGGACUGGUGGGAGAAGAAGCAGAGAGAGCAAGACCUCAAACAGAUCCAACGAUUGCGGAAGAAAAAACAGGAAAAGAAAAGCGGCUUGUCUGCACAAGGAGGCUUGGUGAAGAGAAGUCAGGAGGAGGAUGGUGUGAUUGUGUACAAGCAAGACGGAAACGUUGGCCACCCACAGAGCCGCGUGUCGGCUCUUUUGGGGGUGACCCAGCUUGAUAUGAGCAUGUGUGUCGUGUUUUAUGUGGUCAGCACACUCAUCAUCCUCAUCCUUUAUCAUCACUUCAUAGUCAGACGGCACAUGAAGCCCUGCAAAUCUAUACGUGCCACUGCUCUGUCUCUUUAAGUGUACAUUUUUAAUUUCUCACACAGCCUCUUAGAUAAGACUAAUGUUAAAGACUGUAUGUUGCCUAUAAAGUCCCCCACCCUACUCCACCACACCACAUCGCCUAUCAGAAAUGUCAAAUUUAGUGCCUAAAUGCUUUGGGAAUUUUUAGUUGCUACUUUUCUGGAUAUUUUCAGAAUUGUCAAGGUCCUGUUUCACCUGAUCUGUUGGGGUUUUUUUUACAUAAGGGGAUGUCCUUGUUGAAUGUAAUGCUUGUUUGUCUUCUAGUGCAGAUGUCUUUUUUCUUCUUUUUUUUUGGGGGGGGGGGGUGUUUAUUGUUGUUUUUGGGGGGGUAGGUGGUUAUAUUACCUCUGGGCCCAUCGUCCAGUCAGGGGACCAUGAGUUCUUCAUUCUUUGUGAUCUUUUUUAUGUCCAAUUCUAAUAUUGUGUUAAAUUUCCACACACACACACACGCAAAAAAAAAAGAAACCCCCACAAGGGUUGUCAUAUGUUCAGCUGGUGUCAUGCUGGACUUUGGUGCAGAUGACCUUGAUGAUGCAAAUACCUGAUGGGUGUGUUUUGAACUUAAGUUGUUUCAGAAGUUUUCAUGGCUCUAUGCUAACUUGCCUUACUCUUAGCCUUAGUCCUGUUGGAGAUUGGCAUUAUUUUCUGGCGUCACACUUCUUAAAUAAUCUUUAAUUUUGAAAUGGAUGUUGAUCCCAUCUAAUUAGGCCUACCAGCUGACCAAAAAAAGACCACAAAAUAAAAACCAACAGAAAACAAGCUCAAAGUAUAUAUAUAAUAUCUCUGCAUUUCAUGAAGACUGUAGAGUCUGAGUCUGAGGCCUGAAUGUCGUGUCUGUUGGCUGCUAAGCUUGGGACCAGCUUGUUAGGUGUAACCUAAAGGGCAGUUACAAAAUGUCCAGCUUAUCUCUUGUUGUCUGCUACCUCAGGAGUUUGUCAAACCUGACUUUAAAAAAUCAGAGACCCAGAGAUUUUAUGCUUUCAAAACCAAUUGAGUGAUGUUGUUUUUGAAAAGGACCAGACUUUAGCAGGAUAUAUUAUUAUAUGUAAGCUCCUCUAAAACUGUGUGUGCAUGGGAGUAAGCUCUAUUAAAAAUGAUGUUCAUUAUAUAUAGAAUGUCCUUGAAUUUUAUAUGUUGCAGGCAUUUUUGGGAAGGCUGAGUGACUGGCUCCGUUAACCUUUGUUUCAUAUCUCUCAAUCUGUCAAGUGGCUCAGCAACUGUAGUUUCAGCUGUCUCCUAUUUUGCUUUUAUUUUUAGGACACUGCAACAUCGUUUUGCAGGAUAUGAUUAAUAUGAAGUGAGGAUUUUGCUUCUUUUUAAAAAAAUUAAUGCUAUUGAGAUGGUGAGGACUUGAGAUGUAGAGCGCAGUUUCACAACUUGUAGACAUUCGUUUUUGGUAAUGACAAUCAUUUUGACUGGAUGGUCUUGGAGAAGUGAUGUAAACUAAUUUACAGAUCACUUUCCAGUCACCAAUGUAAGUUACCUCUACUCAUUAAAUGAGUAUGUUUGGAUUGUCUCUGCAUGGAAUGCCAAAGCUACCUCUGAUUUUAAUCAGUUAAGAGAAAAAGAAUUAUACAUGAAAAUCUUUUCAUGGUCUCUAUUCAUUAUCAAGUAGUCUCUGUAAGAUUUUUUUUUUAGAAUUGCAAGAAAUCCUUAUUUCUUUGCGAAAAUGGCUUUGUGCUCAAGGUUCAAGUGAUGCCUGUUCCUUUUUGUGAGGUCAGGCUGUUCUCUACACACCCUGUGUGUAAUUUUAUCAUCCAUCUAAAAAAGAAAUUGAUGGAAAUGUCUUACUUGAAAUGUUGUAUCUAAUGGCAUUGUAUACUUUUACUUCAACAUGCAUAACGUCUUUUUAAUAUGUCUAGUCAGUAUCCUGCUCACAGCUUUGCAAAUAAUUUGCUUAUAUUGAAAUAGUUGGGGGGUUUUUCUCUCUGUCUGCGUUAUUUGGUGUUCAGUUUCGUAAGCUUCCCUGCUGUUUCUGCACUAUUUUUUUUUCUGUUUUUGUGAGGUAUAUAUAUAUGUAAUGGGGUAUAAUUUUGUGUAUUUGCAAGUUUGUGUUUGUGUGUAGCAUAUGUUUUCCCUUUUGUGAACCUUAUUUGUUGAGCCAAGCUCAUUUUGAGCUGUAAUGGUACGACAGUCCUACACCAAAGAUGUUGUUAUAACUCAUUAUGAAUAAGUUUGUACUGAUGCAUGGAUGGAUAGGUUUUAUAGAGGACAUGACAGUCCCAUUUCACUGCAAUCAAACAACUGAAAGAGAGAGAAGCAUCUGACUUAGAAAGCGGGUGGUAGGCGGGGCCUAUCAAACAUCUAUCGUCCUUAUCUCUCCUCCUUCUUUUUUUGUGUUUGUUACUCUCUUGUAACAUCUCUAAUCUUUCUGGACUUAUAUUAUGAAUUGAUUGUGUUGUUGCAAGUACCAAAAAACUUUGACUUAGAAAAUACUGCCUAUGCUAUUUCUUUUUUUUUUCUCUUUUACACUUUGUGUUAAUGAAUGAAGUGAGCUGUGUCUUUUAAAUGAAACGAAAGAGUCGUAAUGUAACUUAUGUUUGAAGGUCACACCACCGACAUUACUGUUACUCUCACCAUUCCUCGUAUUUAUUGAGCUGAGAGUGCAGCAGGCUCACGUAUAACACAGCCUCUGAUAUGUCAUUUGUCUACUCAGUCACGUAAG